UUCACAGAGACACUGCGCAAGAACAAGGGCACUAACGGUGCAACCAUGGACGCGUGGACCUAUCAAUUCGGUAACCUCUCCAAAAUCAGCCCCUUCGAGGGCCCACAGUACCAUCUGGCACCCAAGUGGGCUUUCUACCUGCAGGCAGCUUUCAUGGGCUUUGUAUUUUUCGUGGGCACACCUUUGAAUGCCAUCGUCCUCUUUGUUACAAUGAAGUACAAGAAACUCAGACAGCCUCUCAACUACAUCUUGGUGAACAUCUCCCUAGGAGGCUUUAUUUUCGACACUUUUUCUGUAAGCCAAGUAUUCUUUUCUGCUCUUAGAGGUUAUUACUUCUUCGGUUAUACGCUGUGUGCAAUGGAAGCUGCAAUGGGAUCGAUUGCGGGACUUGUGACAGGAUGGUCUCUGGCAGUUCUGGCUUUCGAGAGAUACGUGGUUAUCUGUAAACCCUUUGGAAGCUUCAAGUUUGGACAAAGCCAGGCAUUGGGAGCCGUUGCGCUCACCUGGAUCAUAGGUAUCGGUUGUGCCACUCCUCCAUUCUGGGGAUGGAGCAGAUACAUUCCAGAGGGUCUUGGCACCGCCUGCGGACCUGACUGGUACACAAAAAACGAGGAGUACAAUAGUGAGAGCUACACUUACUUCCUAUUGGUCUCCUGCUUCAUGAUGCCAAUAAUGAUCAUCACCUUCUCCUAUUCACAACUGUUGGGAGCCCUGCGUGCUGUUGCAGCCCAGCAGGCCGAGUCUGCCUCCACCCAAAAGGCUGAGAAGGAAGUGUCCAGGAUGGUUGUUGUGAUGGUUGGAUCCUUUAUCGUUUGCUAUGGCCCUUAUGCCAUCACUGCCUUGUAUUUUAGCUAUGCUGAGGAUUCAAACAAGGAUUACCGUCUGGUGGCCAUCCCUUCUUUGUUCUCAAAGAGCUCCUGCGUGUACAACCCCCUAAUCUAUGCCUUCAUGAACAAACAGUUCAAUGCAUGCAUCAUGGAGACUGUAUUUGGCAAGAAGAUUGAUGAGAGCUCAGAGGUUUCCAGCAAGACUGAAACCUCCUCUGUGUCUGCAUAAAUUAUUCCACAAUUUUCUAUUCUUAUUUACAACUUGUCUGGACCUGUUUUAAUGUUAUCCCUUGCCCUGAUUGUUCAAAUCCUGCACCUUUACACCUUGUUGAGGGCUGAGGGAUUCUCCAUGUCCAAGAAGACACAGCCCGCUGGAUGGCCAAACCAGUGGGUGAUAUCCUACCAUCCUUUCUGUGCAGUACUGGUACACCUUCAAAAUACUACUAUUUUAUUUUAUUUUUUUUUUUUGUAAUUGCUGUCUAAUGUUACAACAAUGCAUUAUGCAUUGACGAUGAAGUAGAAUGUUAAAUUGUUAACUUGCAACAGAAAAUUAAAAAAAAAGAGAAUAAUAAUUAAAAAAUAAAAAUAAAUAGAAAUGAGACAUCCUCUAGUGUGAAUGGACUUACGCAAACUGAGAAUGGAAAUUCCCAAUUUUUUGUUUUUAUGCUCUUUGGCUGCAUUUAUAGUAGCAUUUAUAUUCUCAUCAAAUGCCAUAUCACAUUGAGAUCUUAAGUAAACUAAGUAAACUAAAAGCCCAUAACAAUCAAAACUGCUUGUUUCGUCAAAAGAGCACAGUGUAACUAAGAGGUUUACUCUCAUCUUCUCCAGAGAAUUUACUAAAGCCCAGCUUUCUGGCUGGAUUAGCCAAGAUAUAUAAGAUCACAAGGGAAUUAUCCAAGUCCAUCCGCUUGUUUGCAGCUGAGGAAACGUUCACUGGAAGUUUGCUGGUAACAAAUCAUGAGCGACAGCUUUGGUCCAAUCACUGGCUUCAUGACGUUGGAUCUCGAAUAUCUGUAUCUAUAUUACUUCUGUACAUGUUUUGUUGUAAUUAGAUAUAAAGUGUGCAUGAAUUUGUACAUGUGCCCGGAUUUUAGAAUUAAUAAAGAUUUAUAUUGUUUGAUGCAUUUUA